AUGCCACUUCGAUUUGCUGUUGUUUGUUCAUCAAAUCAAAAUCGAAGUAUGGAAGCACAUAAUUUUAUGAGUAAACGUGGUUUACUUGUUAAAUCAUUUGGUUCUGGUGCACAAGUUAAAUUACCUGGUACAUCACUCGAACGACCAAAUGUAUAUACAUUUGAUACAACAUAUGAAUUUAUGUAUAAAGAUUUAUAUAAUAAAGAUGCUAAUGUAUAUACGCAAAAUGGUGUUUUACAUAUGUUAGAUCGUAAUCGUCGUAUAAAAGAAAAACCGGAACGUUUUCAAGAUUGUCGAGAACGUUUUGAUAUUAUAUUUACAGUUGAAGAACGCAUAUUUGAUCAAGUUAUAGAAGAUUUAGAAAAUCGCGAUAAACGUACGAAUGAAAUAGUUCAUAUUAUCAAUAUUGAUGUUAUUGAUAACCCAGAAGAUGCGACUCUUGGUGCAUUUAUGCUUUGUGAAUUAGGACAAAAAAUGGAUGCAAUUGAAGAUUUAGAUAAUGCAAUUGAUGAAAUUCUUACCGAAUUUGAACAAAAAACAAAACGAACUAUUUUACAUGCUGUUUCAUUUUAUUAA